UCAAACACACUUCAAACCAGAACAAAACGCCAUAUUUUUUCUCCUCCUCUGUUUUCAUCUUUCUCAAUUCCAGAGAGACGAACAUGGUCAUGGAUAACACCAACAAGAGAAACUGGAGAAGAGGGAGUUGCAUCGGAAAAGGAUCCUUCGGAGCUGUAUACCUCGCCGCCGGCGAUGGAGACUCGCCGGUUUUCGCUGUAAAAACUGUUGCUUGUUCCACUCUGUCAUCUUGCAAGCAAUCUACAGCCAUGGCCGCUUUGGAGAACGAGAUUCAAAUAGUUCGGUCAAUAAGCUCGCCUUAUAUUGUCUCUUACCUCGGAGAUGAUGUCACGAAGGAGCCCAAGCUCGGCGGUGAAUGUCGGAACUUGCAUCUCGAGUACAUGGUCGGAGGGACGGUGGCGAAGAGGAGUGAUAGGAUUGAUGAGAGUGAAAUCAAGGCGUACACGCGUUGCGUGGUGCGUGGGUUACAUUACCUGCACACGGUGGCCGGAGUAGUUCACGGUGAUGUGAAAGGUGAGAACGUGUUGGUCGGAGCAGUGGCAGGAGUGGCAAAGCUUGCGGAUUUCGGUUCUUCAAGAAGGAUUAAUGGAGAAAAGGACGAGGAGGUGGUGGUGGGAGGGACGCCGUUGUGGAUGGCGCCGGAGGUGGCGAGAGGAGAGAGACAGAGGGUGGAGUCGGAUGUGUGGUCGUUGGGAUGUAUGGUUAUAGAGAUGGUGAGUGGAGGGAGACCGUGGGGGAAGGGAUGGGGAGAAGGGGAGGAAGUAGGGAAGGUGAUGUAUAGGAUUGGGUAUGGGGAGGAGGUGCCGGAGAUGCCGGCGGGGAUGUCGGUGGAAGGGAGGGAUUUUGUUGGUAAGUGUUUGAGAAGGGAGGUUGGGGAGAGGUGGAGUUGUGAGGAGUUGUUGAAGCAUGGGUUUUUAAGGGAAGGAGAUAGGGUGCCUGAUGGGCCAUCGCCGAGGAGUGUGUUUGAAUGGGGGAGUGUUUUGGAGUUUGAGGAAGGGAGGAGUGGAUGGUCAAGUGAGGAUGAGGAGGAUGAGGAGGUGGUGAUUGGGUUGGUGAGGGAGAGAGUGAGGGAGUUGGCUGAGGAGGGAGAAGGGGGAGGAUGGGAAAUGAUGAUUAGUGAGGAAGGGUGGGAGGUGGUCAGAGGAGGAGAAGGGGAGUGUGGUGGUAGUGGUGAUUGUCGUUCCUCUGUUUUAUCUUGUUCUUGUUAUUGUUAUUGUUAUUGUUCUUUUUCUUUUUCGUUAUGUUGUUGUUGUUGUUGUUGUUGUUGUUGGGAUGGGUGGAAUGAUUUUGGUGAUGAGUUGUUAUGGUGGAAAACUUGGGGAGAAGUUGGUGAUUGGGAGGAGCAUUUUCAAUUAAUUGAGGACCCAAAUCACAACACAUUUUUUGAGAAUUAA